CAAGUGUUGUAGUACUACUACUAAAGAUCUGGUGAUAUCUGAAAAUAUCUCUGAGGUAAACGUUAUUUUCAAUGUUAUUUUGAUGUUUGAAGUUAGUCGACUCCCUGCGACGUGUUGACUCAAGUCUAAAUAUAUCUACAAUGUUUAAAAUGAAAUAUCUAGAAUUCCCAUGGUUCGAUUUUCUUCCUGUUUGGUAGUCUUCAAGACAAAAGUAUAAGCUUUAAAUCUGCUGGAAUGAUCCCGGUGAUCCCCCGGCAGUUUUCGAGAUAUUGGCUGUUGAAGUGACUAUUGUCAACUCGACGUUCGCUAAAAUGGCGUCUAAUACUUUGCGCUAUCAAGGAUGAUAUUUUCAAUAAAUAUUUGUCAAAGUGGUAAAUUAUUUUUAGAAUAUUGUUUAUAAGACUUAGGAGUUGUUUUAAUAUUUUUUUAGAAUUUAUAUCUAUGCGAUUUUCCCAUUUUUGUUGGCUUUGGCCGAAGCGUUUCAUUUUAAUAAAGGAAGUAAACAUAAUUUGUUUCGGAAUCUAACGUAAAUUGUUUUCAUUUUUGAUAGGUUAAGAUGGCUGAGGGCCCAAAAAGGGUUCACGACCCUCCGACUGGCCAAACUCCAGGAAAAAAGCCAGAAAAGAGAAGAUCUGGCGCGUCUGGAAGGUUUUUGAGGAAAUCACUUUUCCAGUCAGAUACCGAUUUAGAACAGGGUGUGGAGCAGAAGAAUCAGAAGGUAUCUAUUUAUAGUUAUUACUUAAUAUAUGUUAUUUCAUUGUUUACAGUUUGAGUGUGCACUUGUUUCAACCAACCGUUUUAAAAUGGAACUUUUCAACACCCUGAGCACUUUUUGGGUGGGCGUGUAAAGUAUUUGUACCCAAAGUUAUGGGGUGUACAGUCAGUGGCCGACAUUCACUUUUUCCGGUGGGGGGGGGGCAAAGCCUCCUACAAUUUCCGACAAAACUUUCAAAUUUCCGAUGUACCCCUCCCCACCCCCCCUCCCCCCCACCAUUUGCACUUGAAAAGACUGUUUUUAGCCCUCUUUUAGGUCAAAAUUUCUGAAAAUUGGUCAAUUUUCCAUGAAGGUGUGGGGUACGUCGAUUUCCAAGAUUUUCGCCACUGUGUACAGUUAUUAGAGAGCCUGUAUCCAUGUGGUUUAAUUAACCCGUUGAGUGGUGGCACUCUCCCCCUGACAAGUAAAAUUGUCUGACGUUAGACGAUUUUACAGAAUAAAAUAAUAAAGUAAGGCGCAAAUGGGCACAUUGACACACUGUGCAAUUCAGCAAAAUAUAUCAAGUGGCAUGAUACAGCUGUAUAAAUGAGUUGUUUGUUACGAUACACAGUGUCCUCUUAAUGAAUGUCCCUAUGAAUAUGCAUCUCAUUUGCAAGUAUUGUAUGAUUGUAUACAGAGGAUUUAAAAUUGAAUAUUUUCUAUGUGCAGGUACAAACUAUGUGGAAAGAUGAGGAAGUGUCAGCAUUGGUUGAGUAUAUUGCUUUGUAUUAUUCACCUGAUGAAAAUUCAUUCAAUGUCUGGCCAGCUGGUAAGAAUGAUGAACUUUGGGGGAAAUGUGCCGAUGCUGUUAACUGUUACAACAUCGGGAACAAGCGAUCUGGUAAGUAAAUCUGGAUUAAGUCUAAUAAUAAAAAUAUUUAUAGUACAUGUAGCUAUUAUGAACCUAUCGAUAAUUAACCUAAAAUACACCCGACAGAAUUUUAUUGUUUUACUAUUAACUUGAUUAUUAUCAGAAAAUAAUUAAAAUUAUUGAUUCAAUAUCUCUGUUAUAUAAUAUCUAUUUAGGAGAUGCAUGUAGAAACAUGGUUAGAAGAUACUUAAAGGAGAAGUUCCCAACAAUUGCAUCUGCUGAAGAAGCUUAUGGAAUUUCCUAUUUUGGUGAAAAGGUAAAAUAUAGACGCUUUAUAGCAAAGUACUCUAUAAUUACAUCAUGUAAUUACUAUUCAUAUCAUACUGUAGGUAUCAACUGUGGGCCAGAGUGUACCAUCUACUCCACAUGUUGUGUCUGGUCAUACUACAUCUGCAAGAUCUCCACUGCUUGGAUUUUCUCCCUUACGUGAUGCAGAUUUUACCAAACUUCCAGGCUGUAUUCUUGAUAUUGUGUCCUCUGGGUUUUCAAGUCUAACUCCACGACAACGAGAACAACUACUCAUCCACUUGUUUCAAAAAUGGAUGGUAGAAGACAUUAACCCUCGUUUAGAUGCAACAUUCGUCCCUCCACAGCUCUUACCACUUAUUGCCAAUGCUAUGUCUGUACUCCGUGCUGGUAAUAAAGAUAAUCUUAUUUAUUAUGCUGCUAGAUGCUUUGGGGAACAACUUCAUGGAGGUGCUAGUCCUAGAAUGCCAUUGGAUAGAAUGCCAUUUGGUCUAAUCUCACAUAAUCUGAAAUUUUUCUCAUCCGACAACGUUUACACCCUUCAAGCUCCAGAUGACUACAAAUCUUGGUGUCAAUCCAUGUACACUUUGUUUGGAAACAAGUGGGCAUCAAUGCACUUGGGACCAAUGUGGUCCUAUGAGGUAGAAAGUGAGCAUGUGCCUGUUACUAAUGAUUCUUCGUUAAGUUUAGAUAUUAUAAGCCAAGCAUUGCAAGAAACAUUUGGAUCCGACACAAAUAUGGUAAGUAUGGAAAACCCAUUGCCUGCAUUGGAAAGUGCACAAGAUUUAAAUACAAAUGAUGAUGUUGUGAAGUCUGGCAGGACCAUUAAAGGAGAUCCUUUGAAGGUAAAUUAUUCUAGUAGGUAAGUUGUAAUUGACCUGUCCAUAUAAUUAUGUAGUUAUACUGUACUCAUUUAGAUUGAUUACAGUUAAAUGCUGUGAUUUGAGUACAUUCUUUUCUCUAUUUUCUAGGCAAAAAUUAAUAUUGCUGGACCUAGUGCACGGACAAUUCAGCGGAUGAACAAGGCCAGUGAUUUUAGCAAGGGCACUGAGAUUCAGGUAUGUAUACUGGUGUACAUUGGCAUACCAAGGCAAUUACGUUCGGGUGGGGGGGGGUGUAUUUCCCUAAAGUUACAGAUGAAAAACUCCCCCCCCCCUGCUCAAAACCCAAAUACAUCCAACUAAGAAAGAAUGUAGUUGAUUGAAAUAUUAAUUGUAAGUACUGUACAUUAAUUAUGUCUGUUAAUUGUAUUUCACAGAUAUCUGCUUUGAAAUUUUUACAUGAAGCCUAUCCAAAUGGAAGGUGGUGGUUGAAAGCUGAUGGUACUGAUAUUCAAGAGGGACUCAGAGAAUCCAUGAGAAAUGAAUGGUCAGGUGAUGUAGACCUAGGAGAUGGUAAGUUAGGGAGUAAGUAUUCCAAAUACUUAGAAUACCUUAAGCUUGUCCCCAAUAUAGGGUUGAAUGAUGGGGCUUCAUCUAACAACGUCAAAGAAGAUCUUAAAAAGGUGUGCUCUAAGCUAUCCAUAGAGAAUGAGUUCCUGACAAAUGGUCAUGCAGAUGCCAAAAAGGAUUACAAGAAUGUCCAGGAUAUGGCCAAAUCUACAGAGAAAGCAUUGUUUGCAUGUGCGUGGAACGUAGAAGAGUUUAGCAAGUUGCUUGAGAAGAAUGUGUCCUUGUCACAGUCAUUGAAUAACAUCAUCAGCAUCCUGGAUAGUGAAAACAAUUAUUCUGUAAAUAUCGCAACAACUCUGACUAGUUUACGUCAAGAAUUACUGGAUUAUGUUAAAGGUAUUAAUAAUAAAUUAAAGUGUUAGUUCUAUUUUUAUAGAUCAAUUUAUGUGUGCCACAUGUUCCAAGGUUAAAUAUAUAUUUCAUUAUAUUGCAAAAGGAUGAAAAUAUUUCAAUCAGAUUGUAUGCUUCUUAGCAAAGCAAUUACAAACAUCAUGGAAAUGUUGUAUAUAAAUUGAAUUAAUUAAAAUUAUAUCACUUCACUAUCUUCUAUCAUAGGUUUCAUGGAGUAGUACUGUACAGUUAACAUACAGUCAUAUAUUAAUUUUCUUAUAAGGUUUUUAAUAUUUAAGGUAUUACUACAAAGACACGAAUAGCAGCAUCUCAUAUAUUGAUCUUCAUGGUAAGUGAUGAAUUGAGAGAUUUUAAACCGUAUGCUGUUCCUGUUCGUGUUCUUAAGUACAACAGUCUGACAGACAAGAAUGCACGAGACCUGAAGGAUGAAUUGAAAACUGCAAUGGAAGACAUUGGCAUGGUAACUGUAG